AUGGGUGACUCCGACUUUGCCCGAUCCAGCGCUGCAGACCCUGAAUCGGAGCCUGACAACACAGCAUCGUUCGCUGUUAACUCACUCCGCACCCCACAACGGAACUCGUCGUUAUGCGACCUACAAGCCCCAACACCUCUUCUUCACAACAGCCACUCGGAAUUGCUGAAUGGGCAGCGAACAACAAUCGAGCUCGCCGAUUUCAAAGCAAACCUUCUUCGACAACGGGAGUGGAUCAUGGCGGAGCUCAAGAACAAGGCACACCCCACUGAUCUCUUUGAGACCUUCCAAAGUGCGGGUAACCAGGUCGAAGCAGACUUGAUUUGUAUUCGAAACGGAACGUAUGUGAAUGAUCCCAAGUCACUCGUUCAGGUCAAGCUUCCCACUCAGGCACGGGGACCUUCACCUCAGUCUGGCCCCUCGGCCUCAACCCAGGGACCUUCACCCCAGUCUGGCCCCUCGACCUCGACCCACGCGCGAUCGAAGACCAAACGGACACCUGGCCUCAACUCCAAAGGGAAAGCUCCAGACCACCAAUUGGAGAGCCCCAUGGAACACACACCUCGUGAAAAUUCCAAACGUAGAGCUUCCGCGUCACCCGAAUUGGACGAUGACAAUUCAGGCACUGCCUCGAGCCCCAAGAGGUCAAAGACCACGCAGGAAGACCCUCUGCCACCUUGUCACAAUCCCUCACGCACCGCGAAGAAUGUAGCAAACUCAAGGGUAUUAGCUCAAGCAGCCCCCCCACCUUCUGUUCACGAAGACGACGAGGACCUUGUGUUCAUUCCCACGAAGGCAUCUGUCCCCGUCACCCCACCACCUCAGUACAGCUCAGCGCCUCAUAUCCCGCGAGCUCGUGCAGACCUGGCUACCUACGCAGUCUCCAAUGCGAUUAUGGACUAUUGUCAAAACCACUCCAGGCUUCCCCUUAUGCGGCCGGACGACUCUGACCCCUUUUACCGCUUUUUCAACAAGCGGUUCUCUCAUCCCCCGAACAAUCAGCCUCUUGUCAUGUCCAUGUCUGAGAGCGUCAAAGCCGCUUGGGAUGAUGCGCUACCCGGUGCAACCUGGCCUGGGUAUGUACAAGCAGGAAUGGAUGCCUACAUUCUUUUUUUUAGGUGGUACACGGCCGUCAGAUCGGAUUCUCGUUGGCUCCCAUCCGACUCGAUGAACAUGAUUGACCGCCUUGAAGCCAUCAGGGAUGUAUUGCAGAGCAACUCCAUCCCAUUGGGAUCAGGCCCUUCUGUCCCUAUCUCGAAUCCGACCCCGAGUCCCUUUGUGACCUCGACUUCGACAUCAACGUCCGUGCUUCCCGCCAAUCCUUCCGUGCCUGCAACUUUGCCGUCAAAUCCUUCCGAGCCUGCGACUUCGGCGUCAAAUCCUUCCGAGCCUGCGACUUCGGCGUCAAAUCCUUCCGAGCCUGCGACUUCGGCGUCAAAUCCUUCCGAGCCUGCGACUUCGACGGCAAGUACUUCCGUGACACAGUCGGUUCCUCGCGGCCCCACCCCAUUCCCGCUCACUUUGGAACUCGUCGUCUCAGCAAUUGAAACCCUUGCUUUGCACGACUCAAGUAUACCAUCUGGUGAACCGGACAGCGUCUUUCAUGGAUUCUUCAGGCCCGCUUUUUCAGCUCCUGCGCCAGGUAAUGUAUGGCCACAAUUGGAGGUGUAUUUGGACGCGAGGAUUGGCGUAGAGGUCCUUGUGCAGACACUACGACGCGGUCGCUAUGGCGUCGAUGGCCUUAUUUGCCACUGGCUUGUACGCUCUCAAGCCUCCCCAGGAUGGGACGCUCAAUGUGACAAAGGUGUUGAAUCCAAGUUACAUGCAGUCUUGAAGGUUAUGGAUGGUGCUUGUCUACAAGAAUCCCAACCUUUUAUACGCGCACCUACGCCUCCUAUCCCUCCAGUCUCGUCUCGAGAACCAGAUUCUCAGCCCGAGAUUCCCCCAGCGCCUCUAUCUCAAGCUGGUUCUCGAUGUCCAACUCCUAGGCCUUCGGCUCUUCCAGCGCCUCUGACUCCUUCAGCAACUGCACCUCAAGUUCCCUCUCGAGUGCCAACUCCUCCAGUGUCCUCUCGAGUUCCAACCCCUCCAGCGCCUCUAUCUGUAGCUGGUUCUCGAUGUCCAACUCCUGGGCCUUUGACUCUUCCACCGGCUGCACCUCAGGUUCCCUCUCGAGAUCCAACUCCUAGGCCUCUGACUCCUUCCGCGACUGCACCUCAAGUGUCCUCUCGAGUGCCAACUCCUCCAGCGGCUGCACCUCAAGUUUCCUCUCGAGCUCCAACUCCUAGGCCUGCCAGUCCGGACGCAACUUUACCUGUUGAAGGCCUGUCAUCACCCAAGGAUCAGCCAUCCGCCACAACCUUGUCAAGCACUGCACUGACAAAAGUGGUCAUUGAUCCUUCUUUGGCCCCUAUCAACCUCCCUCCUCAACUAGAAGCUUUAGGCCCGAGGGAAGAUCUUGCUACCAACAGCCCACCUGUGCGCAAGAAGAAGCAACGCGCUCUACCUAAAUCCCAGCCCUUUGUUGAAGAUUCUCCACACGUGGCGUCUGCACACGAGUCUGGCACAACAGGACCUCCGGCCAUCCCUCAAUCCAAUCCUCCUGAUAGUUCUACGGAUCUCCCCUCCUCCAAUGGUGCUGUGACUUCAAACUUGAAUAAUACUUCGGCAAGCUCCUCAAAGCAACCACCGAUUGCACCGAUUCCACCUGGAGGUGUUCCUAUUCCGGUCAACGCGGAUGUCCGCCAAAUCCCCACACCGUCUCCUCCCUCUGGCCUCUGGAAGUUGGCUGAGCCCUCUCUAUUUGAAGUCACCUCGGCUUCAGUUCGCCGGAACCAAGUAGUCAGCGCGGACGUGCCGCAGAUUUAUGAAUUGAUACUGAACCUUCUCCUUCAACGCCGGGAAGGAGAGAGCUUCCCAGAGGGUGGGGCUUCCAUGGAAGUGGGUGAGUCUUUUGGGCCUAAGCCCAGCCUUGCCGUGCGAGACUGGAUUGCAAGGAAGCCCAACAUUUCACUCGUUCAAAGUGACGGUGAGGCACCAUGGCACCGGCCGGAUAUCUUUGAUCUUACGAUAACCGGCAAUUCCCUCCCCUCCACUCCUGAUGAUAAACGUCAUACAACCUUCACACGCAAUAUCCUCGCCGUUUUCUACAACAUCGGUUCAAAAAGGUUGGCUCAGGGUGUAAGAACCAUUGUUGCUGCAGUAACUUAUGCUUCAAUGGAUACUCCUGAGCUUACACUACCGCAGGACUUUUCUGAAGCCGACAUUCCAAAUCAAGCUGUUCGUUCAAGUCUUCUCGCGGCCCUCCACUUCCAAAAGCUACAGGAAGACCCCAAACGUAUCCUGAACAUCUCUGACUGUGUCAUCACCAUGUCACAUAUGGUGAACCGACUUUACUCUAUCUUGGAGGCGAUUUUAAGCGUGCGGGCUAAAUUCUUCCACACGAUGCAAGUUGUUUCAACAGCUCCUGCUGGCACCCAUGAUCAUCUCGAUGCCGAGUAUGAGCGCCUGACUAAAAAACUUGGUGCUGGCACCAUUCCAAACCCAGUCAUCGGGGCGCUGACCGCUUUUAUUGUUGGUGGGGUCAAGGGACUCAUGACUUACCCCACUGACACCAACAGAUAUGGUGUGGUGAAGCUUACACACUUCAUAGUCCUGGUUGACAAACUUCAAGGAGGAAAAAAGAUUGAAGAGCCCAUCUGGAAGUAUACCCAGAAGUAUAUUUUAGAUACUAUUGAAGAAGCGCUUUUCCCUCAAGGUUUUGAAAAGGCUCGGAGGGAUCUUGAUUCUGGUAUUUAUGAUGACUCAUGGGACCAUACUGACUUUUCCAAGAUGAACCUAGGCAAGGCAAUGGAGUUGGACUUUUUUGCCUUCUGCACCAACAGGUCUCUCUUUCCAGGUGGUGACUCUUAUAAAGCUCCGCUGUUUGAACUACCUGAUAUACCAGCUGCCAAAGUUCCUGAAGUCACUGAAUGA